GUCUGUGUGUGUGUGUCACUCUCUCUCUCUCUCUCUCUCUCUCACUGACCAACCCACUGACAGCAGACAGCUUCCAUGGAGCAGCAGUACCAGGUGGAGGUGGUAAAGGCCAGAAAAGGUCAUGAGGGCGUGUAUGACAGGUUGGACACAAAGGAGAGACAGGAGGGUCUUUACAGGUGAGAUAGGGACAGGUGAACGUCCAGCGGGUCAGGAUGAGGAAGGACAGACAGGUUCUGGUGAAAGAUGGAAGCAGAACUUUGAAGAACAGCUGCUUGAUGAGUUAACAGGAAUGUCUGUAAUGUAAUCUCCUGUAAUGACGUCAUCUGAUCUCUUUUCCUCGUCUCUGUGGUUUCCAUCCUCUUCACUGACACUUGUAGAAAGGACUCCAUGACAGGACGGACACUCAGCUUCGCUUUUCUUUUCUGGGUGAAGGAUUUUCCUGAAAGAACCUUCAGAGCAGCAACAGAAUCCCAGUCCGGGUUCUGCAGUUCUCAGAAUCAGAACCACACCUGAACUCCGUCAGGAGCGCCUCCGCGCUCAAGUCAGCGCUCGGGACGGACGCGCGCGCGCGGCACAGCACGCGCUCACUUUUACCAUGGUCAAGCACGCGCAGGGACUCCGCUUUGUUGGGAUCUUAGCCUUGCUGCUCGCGUGCGCAGCGGGGGAGUCGCCCCCCCCGCACGAGCUGGAUUACGGAGAUUACCGCGGGAGGUGGUGCGUGGACGACCACGGAUACGUCCACGUGAUCGGACAGGUGUACUAUCCGAGCCCCACCGCCUGUCCCUGCACGUGCACCGAGGACGGCCCCGUUUGCAUCCAGCCGACCUGUGCACGCAUCCAUCCGCGGUGCACGCGCAUCAGCUACAAGGCGUGCUGCCCGGUGUGCGAGGCCGUGGCGCGCGUGUGCGUCUACCGGGGCAGAAGCUACCGAGUCCUGGAGGAGUUCAGGAUCUCCAGGUGUGAACGCUGCCGCUGCGGCUCCAACAGGCAGGUGUACUGCAGCGUCUCCGCAUGCCCCGCCCCCCACUGUGUUAACCCCACCUACGACCCCCACCACUGCUGCCCUGUCUGCAGAGACGGUCCAAACUGCUUUGCUGGGAGCAGGGUGAUCCCAGCGGGGGGGCCUGUGGACAUCAAUGAAUACACUGUUUGCUACUGCACGUAUAAGGACGACACAUGGCACACCCACCCCCAUGCUACCUGUGAAGAACGCCCCCAGCCCAGCCUUACACCCAGCACUAAGCCCCCCAGAGAGGAAGAUAAAAAAGGCCGGAGGGGGAGGCCAACAUUCCCCAGAUGGGAUUUAAUUCCAUGAAAAUGUUUUAAACAAUGAAAGUCUUUCUGUGGAACAAGAAAUGAACCAGAAUUCAACUCCAACCCUGACUAGAGUCAGACCAUCAGCUGAUAGAACUUUCUGGAACAAUAUUCACAACAACAAAAAAUCAACAUUUGUCUUCAAACUCUAAACCAGAACUUGAUCACAACUGAGUUAAACUAAACUGGAACCUUCCUAAAACCCAACUUUAAAUUAGCCAGAAUUUAUCUAUAAUUGACUGAAUGUAAUUUGAACUUAAAAAGAAAUAAACAAAAUCUUCAAAAAUGAAACAAAAGCUGCACUAGAAAUUGAAUAGAAACGGAUGUACAGAAGCUAAAACCGGAUCAGAUUUUCUCAAUACUAAAGUGGAACCAAACCAAGUCUAACUCUAACCAGAACUAGAACCCCAGUUUAACCACGACUCAAAAAGGACUAACCUGGAACUUAAACCAGAACUGAACUAGAACUUCACUUGCAUGGUCAAUGCCUCUAAGCCAAUCGGAUUGCAGCAGGGUCACCAGGACAGUGGUAUUCUUCGUUCUCCCGUAGAACAGGCUGAGACAUCCAGAGACCCCUCCCCUGAAACAGUGUGUUUGUUUAUUGUCCUUAAGUCAGAUGACGUUCUGCUCGGCCAUCUUCCUCGUGCAGCAAAGCCUCUGAAGAGAUCAACGCCUGAAGCUUUAGCAGCUGAAGCUUUGGUCAAUUAUUGAUGCCAAUGGAAACAGUUGCUGCAGAGAACCAUCUCUGAGUGAACAUGUUGAUAUCUGAAGAUGAAGAAGAACAGACGAACAAGAGUUUGAUUUGCUAGAGGAAAAUCUGACUCCUCAUGACUCCAUGACUCUCCUUCUGUUCCAGUCAUUCGUGUCAGUGAAACAGUGCAGUGUGUUUGUGGGUUGUUGAACUUUUCAACAGAACUCUUCUUUUAGAAGUGUCAGCGGGUCUAAAGACUGUUCUGUGGACGGUUUCAGUGUCUGGAUGCUACAAUAAAGACUUUGUUUGGUGUGAAAGUCUUCCACUUCA